AUGUCAAAAACGUACAAGAGUCUCGUGGCUGAUUUAACUUUGGCGCGAAUUUGCCGCUCACCUCCCAGACCCACCUGGAAUUAUACAAGCACGUCGAAUGCGCCGGUGAAGGAGGCGAGUGUGAAAGAUCGCAUACAUGCGCUAUUCGCUCCGAUACGGCACUCUUUAACCGACGAUUAUACCGAUGCAUCGGGGAAGACCUUCGGACUAAAUCAGUUGCCACGAUGGAGAGAACCAUUGAAGGGUAAGGUUCUCAUUGUGGAUAUCGACACUCGUGAGCCGAACGGCAACAACGAAAUGCUGAACCCUAACCCGAUGAACUGGGAAAACUUGCAAAUGGGCGGCGGACAGCUGGUUUCAGGUGCCAUCAUGGGUCACUACCUCUACUCCCAGAUACACGAGUACGACUACGCUUUCUUCCAAGCACAUCGCAUGGAAGGAUACCACGAUACUUGGAUCUUACCAGGUGCACUGCGCCAACUGAUUGAAGCCGACAAGUACCAAUGGAUCAUAACCAUGGAUGCGGACGUCACUAUCACACACCCGGAAGUACCUCUUGAAUGGCUACUCAAUCACUGGGGCGCAACGAACAACACGUCUAUCCUGAUGCCGAUCGACCAGAAAGUAUUUGACAACGACAUUAUCAACAGUGUCGAUAGCAAGGGCUUCACUGUACUCAACACCGGUGUUGUCGUCAUUCAAAACCUGCCUUAUACCAAGGAUAUAUUGGAUGCGUGGAUUGAAUGUCCUCACGAGGGGCGGUAUCAGGGCUGCGGCCAGUGGAAGGACAAGUGGAGCCACGAGCAACGUGUUUUCUCCGAAUACAUACGCUACGACUUCAACCCCCAAGGCGACAAUAUCAUUGCCAUUCCCUGCGACGACGCCAUGGGCUAUCCAAACAUGAUGAACGAGUACCAAGGAAUGAUUCUUAACGACUGCAAUGGGAAUUUCUUCAGGCACCACACCUUAAAUAAGGCCAAGGCGAAGCAAAGUCUGGACGUUUCCAUCAUGCAACUCCUUACACAGCUGAUUCACAGUUCGUUUUUCGACCAAAAAGAGUACUUGUGGUACAAGGAGCCGGCGUGA